CACAGUGAUGCAAUAAUACUUUCCAAGGGGAAAUGGCAGCUAGGACAUGUCGACACAAUGCGGUCACCGAGACGAGAUUGUUGUCGCUUUUGGGAGGCGUUGUUGGCAAUGAUUACUGAGUAAAGCUCUGCACAAAUAAUCGUUUUCAGUUAUUUUGUCUUAUUGCUUGCGAUAUAUGGUGAAUGCUGCUGUUAUCAUUGUUUAUUUUGCGGAAUUUUCCAGUGGCCUACAUCUACUCCCCAAACUUUUUAGGCCAUAGUUUUGGAGAAUAUCAAGGAAUUUCUAGUUUUCACAGAGAAAGAGUGAGUGAUAAAGAUUAUUUCAAUCAAGAUGAAAUGUUCAGAGUUAAGUUAAAGAGCGGUCAUGGCUGAGCCACAAGUUGGAAGAGACGUUGUUCUUAAAGAGAAAGAAGCCCAAUCUAGAUUGUUAAAGCUACUGCCAACCAAAGCGCAACUUGGCUUCUCCUCCCUCAAGGAGCAGUUUUUGCAAAAGAGUGACAAAGGUGUGAAACGGUUUUUGCAGUCUUCAAAGCCACAAGAUGCUAUCAAGCUGGAGUAUACAUGUAUUGAUGCCACUGAAGAGUUAAUUGCCCUUGGUUGCAAUUUUGGCAUUUUGUUUUUCUUUGACAGAAAGCUUGGUCGUCUUCAAAGGUUUGUGUCUGAGUCAAAGCAAGUUCCCAUCGUCUGUGUGAAAAUCCUGCCCAGCCAAAACUUUGUUGUCACUGGACAGAUGAAUGGUGUCUUGACAAUUUUCAACUAUGGCAAGGAAAAGGAUGGGAAUCACAAGGUCUUACUCAAGUGUACAGUUGACGACCAUCACCAUGCUCCUGUAACAUGUGUUGAAUGGACCCCAGAUGGGACAAAAUUGUUUUCUGGGGAUAGUGAAGGGAAUGUGGCCAUUUCUGUUAUCAACAUCCACGAUGGUCAAACACAUACAGUUUUUAUCUGCAAAGAAGACUGCACUGUAACCCAGUUAGCACUAUGUCAAGCGGCACUCGUUGUCUCCACAUUGCGGCGAUCACUUAUUUGGCCUUUCAACCUAAAGACACCAGUUCAGGUUGGCCAACAGGAAAGAAAAAUUCAGGGAAAGUUUGGUGCAUGCUUCUUUCCGCAACAACAAAAUGCGUCACCAAGCAUUUAUGCUGCAAGGCCUGGCCUACGAAUAUGGCGAGCAAACAUCGAAGGAAAAGUUUCAGCAACAAUGAUUUUCAAAGACUCCAUAACAAAAGGGGAGCCUGAGAUAAACACGCUUAAUUUAGCCUCGUCCUGCAGUGAAAAUCCUGCGCAAACAGAACCAAAGCAGUUCGGACCACUUAUGGUGUUUUCAGACAACUACCUGGUAUCAUGGCAAGGUCCUUGUAUUUGGGUACUAGACCCUAAUCAGGGUGUUGUCGUUGGCUGUCAUAGCAAUUUAGGAUGCAUUGUAGGUGUAGCUGCAAGUAAUGAGGAGUUAUUCGUUCUUACGAAAGGUGAUGAAAACUUUGUGCGAAGAAUCACUUUCGAAAACCGUGCACAGAGCCCCAUAAUUGAAGUAAAGACGUUGGAUUUGAAGGAAAAUGGCGAGUUCAUUGAAAAAAUACCACGUGCAGGCUCUGUCAAUCAAUUUGAAGAAAAUGAUAAAAUCGACAAAAUAAUUGGCGGUGUGAUGAGCAGCACUGUCGGAUUCAUUAGCGGCGUUAAGCGAAAUGUCGUAAAAACUAUAGAACAGAUAAAAACUAAGGACGAAUCGGACGAAAGUACGACCUCAUCAGCAGGCGAAAGUCCAGAUUCGAUGGGGGCUUCGAGCCCGAUAACUAUCGUUCGACGACAGAAUAUUAAUGGAACUCCAGCAAAAUCUGAACCGGACUCGGAGCUACACCCUUCAGUUGCGAGUCCGUGUGUCGUCAUCCCAUCACCUUAUACCGAAUUUUCUCAAAACGAGUCUUCAAAUUGUUUACCGAAUGACGACAAUGUAAAUCAAGAAAGGUCUGAGAACGAAGCACCGAACUUUCAGGAAACAAAACAGUCAAUGGAUGAUAUUAAUACAGAUAACAAGGCAGUUAGUGUUUUGGUCAAGCAUGACAUGAGAGAGAAGCCUUUGCCGUUUCAUCAUAUUUCGGAAAAGGAUUUCAAUACAGACAUUGUGUUUGAGGGCACCUCAAAGCGAAAACCGAGGAAGAAGAGGAGGCUUGGCCUAGACCCCGAACAGCUAAUAGAAACUCAGUCAGAAAAAAAAGAGAACAUUUCUUGCGAAAAGCCGAGAACCGCUGCGGAUGACGUAGAACGUACAACUGAAGCUUCGAAACCAAAGUAUGAAAUUAUGCAGGUUAGUGACGUUGAGCUUCAGACACGCGAGGGUGUGAAUGGGACAGAUGUGUUGGUUUCAACGGAAGUUGAAAAUGCUGAAAAUGUUACCGAAUCAUCAGUCAGGAAGGUAGAAAUACCUUGUGGUUUAGAUGAACAAAGAAGAGCCGACGAAAGGGACGAUGAUGAAAUUUUGCGAAAAAAUGAAAUUGUGAAGGAAGAAGAAACAUCAAACCCUGUCUCAGAGACUUUAGCAUUAACUGGAAUGGAGAAGCCAAUUGUUGAUAAAACGUUAGAUAAAGUCGCUGAGGUUAAGUGUGAUGGCAUAGAUGUUCUAGAUACACCGCGAAAGGACAUUGAAAACAACGAAAAUGAAAUUUAUGAGACAAGUAAAUUAGAUGGCAAUGUGUCGGAAGAACCUGGAAAGCUGACAAAAAUAACGUCAGCGACUCCCGUUGAUUCUGGGACUAUCAACAACCGCUCAACUAAGAAUGAAUUAGAUACAACAAGUAAAGCUACAAUUGAGAAAUGUUUUGAUGACAGAAAGAGAGCAGUGAAGGACCCAUUGUCUUUAGCUCUUGUUACGAGUGAGGUGAAUGGAGAGAACGAGGAAGACCCUAUUUUCGAUCCGUCUGAAGUCCUAAAUGUGGAAAUUGCAACACAGGAGCCGAUUAAAAACUCGCAAGUAAGCGAGCCUUGUAAAACUGUAUAUGGCGAGGCUCUUGAAAGAACUCGUGUACGAACUGACAGCUCUGAGUUUCUUUACUUUGGAGAAACGAACUCGAACGACUCUGACGACUCUUGGCUUGGAGACGAGAAAAUCGAGCUUGAUGAUUCUCCUCCACGUUCCCCUGUGAGCAGUGAGCCGUCACUGUUUCCCGCCCCACAAAUGAAUUACCACUCAAUUUAUUCACAAGAAACUGUAAGCUUAUCAGAAGUGUCCUUCUCAGAACCGGAGCAUGAUGUGCCGUCAUAUGCUAGUAAAAUCCGCGAGAGAGAUGACAAUUUGAUCGAUUCCCUAGCAAUGUUGUCUAUUGACAGUGAUGAGAUGACAGACAUUGAGGACAACCGUUGUCACUCACCAGCAAUCAAUUUGGAUCAGGAUGGUGGAGUAGAGCUUACAGAAGCUCUGUUUCUGCAGCACAAGCAUGGUAUUGGUAGUGCUAGAGAUUCGGUAAGAGGCAGCGAUUGCAGCUCCCCCUCUGUGUUUGAAAUUGACAGUCCUUUACCAGCCUCGUCGCAUACGGUUGCGGAGAAAGUGUCUGAACGACUCCGAUUGCUUGCUGACAGCUGGGCCGAUAUCCCUGUCCCGAGCUGUGGAUCUGCUCAGUCCGUUACUGUUACGGAUACGUUGAUAUGGUGUGUUGACAAUCACGAACACUUAUUUGUUAGCGCAGCGUCAUCAGCGGUUGUUGCUUGGAAGAGGGUAGAUGGAAGAGCAAGGAAGCUAGCAGCAAAUCAAAGCGGAACCAUCAUUUGGGGCGUCAAUAGGAAGAAAGUGGCCUCAUACCGCACCAAUGUGAAGCCAUUUAAUCCUCAAGGAAAUGAUUGGGAAGCGGUUGAGAGUGAGGUUCUUGAUGUUGCCGUUGACGACACGUCUGUUUGGGGAAUCAAAACAAAUGGCGACAUUUUCGUCUGUACUGGGGUUUCACCCGAAAAACCAAAGGGAACUGGACGAAAAACUAUACGAGCAGCCUCGGAUCUGGUUCAGAUUACUUGCCUCGGCUCUAUGGUCUGGGGACUUGAUAUCUAUAACCAUGUGCAGAUUUACCAAGGUGAUCUAAGUUGCCUUGGUGGCAACGAGCAGUCGGCCCAGUGGCUUGAACUUCCUGGUAUAACUGCAAGUAACGUCGCACUCGGACCGAAAGGUGUAUGCUGGAUCAUAGACAGGGAUGGGAAAGUCUGGUUCAACUUGGAGUUGUCUGAGCACAACUUCUUUGGAGGUAAAUGGUACCAGUUAUCAGUUGGGGAAUAUUUAGUGCAAGAUCCAACCAUUUUCUCUACAGUCGUCUCAUUUUUCACAAAAGGUGACGAACCAAAAAUUUUGUCAGGCAACGAUAUAUCAGGAAUUUGGAUUUUAAGCAAGCAUGGCAGCCUACAUGCAGCUCGUGGGCACCUGCUGGGAACAAGAUGGGAGCUGACUGUUCCCAUAGCAAUGGCUACAUCUACCUUCUGGACUUGUGUCUCAGCGCAGGGUGCUACUGGAAAUGGUGGGUUUAUUUGGGCCUUGCAACCGAAUGGAGAUUUGCAUUGCUUUAGACCAGAGAGCAAAAGUUUUGUUGUCCAGCCACCACCAAGAGCAAUGUUAAAGUUCAUCAGUGCUUCACCAAGGUCUCUUUGGGCGUUGACGAACAACCAAGAUGUUUAUAUGAGAAAGGGGAUUUCAGAGACCGCACCACAUGGGCUUAAAUGGAUGCAUGUUGAUAUGAGCACUAUGGGAAGUGAGAGGAUUUGCAGUAUAGCGUGUGGCAUAGUAGUUGUUUGGGCUGUUGAUUUUCAUGGCAAUGUUUGGUUUCAGAUGGGGAAAGAGGACAGUAGAAAGGCUAUUUUCUCUCCCGCUUGGAUCCAGGUGGAAGGCUCCCCGUUUGAUGGCUGUCGAUUCACUAAAGUGGCUGUUGGUUCAAAUGAUUGUCGUGUCUGGGCUGUUGAUGAUAGGAAUAAUGUAUACGCAAGAAGAGAUGUGACGGAAAGUUUUCUUAUUGGCACUGCUUGGGAGGUUGUUGCAGGAACGGGAGCGAAGGACAUUUCAGUUAGCGACAAUUUGGUCUGGGCACUUUGCCCAAAUGGUAACAUUGUAUGUCGCUUUGGUAUCUCAUCUAUAAAUUUUGUUGGAGAUUACUGGAAAACAGUUCCUGGAUGUUUCGAACACAUUUCAGUUACUGCAGAUGACGAACUUUGGGGUAUAGAUAGAAAUGGGCAGCUUUACAAAAGAGACACGGUUCACUUCUUUGGAACACAGUCCACGAGAAAAGUUCCGUCGUAUAGUCAGCUGUUUCCGACCGAUGAUGACUGGGAAUUAAUUUAAUUUGAAUUGAUAGCGUACGUAGCCGUAGAUUUGAUUCUUUUUCAGAUUAAGAAUUAAUUUGCAAAGGAUGCUCAAAUAUAUUUAAGAAAUUUGAAACUUCAUUUCCUUCAAGACCGCGCAUUUGUAAUCCUUUGCAAUUAUAAAAUAGAUUUUGUAGCAAUAUUAUAAAAACCCAAUAGGAUGCACCGAUUUUCUCUAGGUUAAUUGUCUCUAAAUUUUGGAAGUUGGCACAGGGUCAAUUUUGUGAACAAAAUGAUUUUUGUCAUUUUUGCUAUUAGACUUUGUAUUUGGAUUUACUUGUCUCUGAAUGCCUUGUGACGAGUGAGUUAUUGCUUGUAAAGGCCUGUUGAGCUAUUGCACUUGCUCAGAGACCGUUCACAACCCAUCACAACGCCAACCCCUGCUACCUCUCACAUUUCUGACAACCCUUCACAACCUCUUUCAGUUACCCCUAACCUUCAUCAAUGUAAAAUUUUGUUUCCGAAAUAGAAACUAUUCCUGAACAUGAAUAUUAUUUUUAGAUUUUGUACUGAAAUUGAUGUCAACUCUUGACAGUGCUGGCCACUUUCCUUCAAUCCGGUCAACUAUUGUCACAUUUAGGCGACCCUCCUCUCCCCCCUCCCCCGUCAACGUUGAUGUAAAUUCUGAACGCUACCUUUGGUGAUCAUUUCUAAACCUAAAGAAGCAAUGAAAGAAAAUAAUGAAUUCCUGGAAAAGAAAAAUCUUGGCAAUUGAGUGGAAAACCUUCCUAGUGGAUAGUUGUUUUAGUUACUUGGCAGGUCUAAGUAGAACAAAGGUUGAUCCUCUAACCCUGGAAGGGAUUAAUUUCUGCCUAUGUGCUAACCGUUUCUUAUUGCCGUUUCUAUAACGUUGUAUUUGAUCAAAACGGGACGUAUUCAUUAUAACUCCAAAAUUAGAUUAUUCUUUGAUCGUUUGUCAGUCAUUUUACGCGUCAUACAAGUUUUGUCCCAUUUAUAGUUACUAAAUACGUGACGUUAUGUUUGGUUUUGAAAUUAUUGUAGAGAAUGUGCACUUUAUUUUUAUUCAUUUAGUUGUUGUUGUAAUUUGCUUUAUUUAAGUAUUUUAGAAACUGGAUUUGUGACCAUUCAAGUAAAUGCCAGUGAUACGCUUGUUCUAAUCACUGCGAAAUUUCGCUCCGUUUGAAGAUCACAACACAUCCCAAUAUAUUUAAAAAACUAUUUAUAUGACAUUGAAAUCACAGACCACUAUGCACACAGGCCUUAUUCUUCAAUCGUUAGCAAUUAUGGAGCCACAGAUUGUGCUUGUAGUUGUGAAUCUCGUUUCACUUUGUUGACAUACCUUCAUUUAUUAAAAAAAUUCAAAUCCUUGUUAUAUUUUUUCAUUGCAGAGGUUUAGUUAUAGCUAGUGUUAUCAAUAUUAUCAUCACUUUAUUGGUCUUUUCAACAAAAGCUCUUCCUCUCCUGAACCUCACUACUAUAAUGUCAAGAUAUGGCAUUUCUUGGUUCCCCCUCUUUUAACGACCCGAAUGCCCCUCUUAUAUGAUCCGAAUGUAUACAGAAAACAGUAAAUUUCUUGGAAAGUGUUAUUAUCAAGCUCUAUUUAUUUCAGUUUAUUGUAAACAAGAAAUUUUUCGGAAACUGUAGGAAACGUUUUUUUUCAAAAGCUCAUUAAAAUGAAAGUACCAAAAAAGCCUCCUUCCGUUAAACGUCCCUCGAAUUAACCUCCUACAAAAGCUUAAAAAAAUAUAGAACACCCCAAGAGUCUUUUGAAGUAAUACUGUAACCACGGAAGGUUAAAAAUGCAGGAUUAGAAUUCUAUGAUUUAUGUAGUAACCAAGAAAGUAGGAAUACUGUAACAGGCUUUAUAAUCAUACCAAAAUAUUGCUGUUUAGAUACAUGCGAAUACAUAAUUGAAAUAGUAUUAUGUCUUUAUAUUGGCAUACCAAAAGAAAAGCCUAUAAUUUUAGUUUAGAACGACUGUUUUAUGAUUUAGCCCUUUUCAAACUGCAAAAUUCCAAAUAAUCAGAAAAAUUAAACCUCUUUAAAAUUUUCUUUAAACUUUAUUAUUUCUAUAUUUAUCAAUGCAAACGAAUCGUUCUGAAUAAAGCCAGCCAAUUUCUAGUAUACUUUGCUUUAACUAACUAAUUUUUUGUAGUAAUUCUUAGAAAUGUUUUGACAAAGGCAGUAAAUCACUUGAAUUGAAAAAUUAUACUCAAAUUAUUACCUAUUUUUCAUUAUAGAAUUGGAUUGUAGAUGGUUUGCAAAUAAUAGUUUGCUAAAUUUUGUGUUU